AGAAGACUGUCAUGCAUAGACCACAGCAUUAAUGCCCGCGCACGACCCGAUCUGAGCUCGUCAGUGUUCCUCGUGCUCCAUAUUUAUACAGCACCCUGGCGCGCGGAGACGCACAGGCAUGCGGUGGCUCUAAUGUGACAGCACAAGUUCGACUAGAGGAGCUCGAGCGUAGCAAACUACCUGUGUGUGCGGUUUCCGAGGAGAACGAAUACGCCCAAGAGGAGUUAAUCCGUAACUUUUAUUUGCAAAAGUAGCAAUUUUAUUGCUGUUCUCAGAGAUUCCUGAGGACACGAACGCACACUCUCACACCCGACACUGGCAGACAUCAUGCAGGAGUCCGAACCCACUGUGUGUCAGCUGCAGCCCAACAUCAUCUCCGUGCGUCUCCUCAAGAGGAAGGUGGGUGGGCUCGGCUUCCUGGUCAAGCAGCGCGUCUGCAAGCCGCCCGUCAUCGUGUCCGACCUGAUCCGGGGCGGAGCUGCCGAGGAAUGCGGCCUGGUCCAGGUGGGCGACAUCGUCCUGGCAGUCAACAACAAGCCCCUGGUGGACCUCAGCUACGAGCGCGCCCUGGAGACCUUGAAGAACGUGUCCCCGGAGAGCCAUGCUGUCCUCAUCCUCAGGGGACCUGAGGGCUUCACCACCCACUUGGAGACCACCCUCUCCGUGGACGGGCGUCAGCGGACCAUCAGAGUCACCAGGCCGGCCUUCUCCGCUUCCAAGUCCUACGAACGCUGCCGCCCCCUAAGCCCUCUCAGUCCGCUACAAGGAGGCAAAGACCCGCAGCAGCUGAGGGCCAUCGAGAACCUGUCAUCUCCCUCGGUGACCCCAUCGCGCAGGGACACCCUGCUCCAGAGGGGAGGGGUGCAGGCUCUCAUCGCGGCCCAGGACCCCCUGCUAAGAGACGGGGUCCGCGGGGCGCUACUGCUCAACGGCGUGGAAGAGAACAACGACCUGCUGAAGGAGAUCGAGCCGGUACUGCGGCUGAUCAAGAACAGCAAGAGGGAAACAAAUGGAGAGAAUGGACAGAAGACUGUCGAGAGGCGGGACGCUGAGGUGCAGGUGGAAAGGGACUUUGGUAUGGGAAACGGUUUGUCAGCCCAGCUGGUGUCUGAUAUGAGUGACGACGACCUGUGGAAGAAGAACAACAACACGCAGAUGAUGUUCAACCACGCUAACGCUGAGUCAGAUGAGCCUCCAGCGCCGGGGAGGGUCUCUCCAAACAAGGCUCUACAGAACGGCAGCCCCUCAAAAUGCCCACGCUUCAUGAAGAUAAAAAAUGUGGAGACUGGAGUCACAUACAAUGACACUCUACACCACAGCUCUAGCAAGCUGUCAAUCUGCAGUGAGCGCGUUUGUUUCGGUUCUCUAAUGACACCGAGCCAGGGGAGCCGCAAGCCGGACGAAUGUCGGACCAAAGAGGAGCUCCUGCCGUUGGCUACUGACUUCAUAGACCAGUAUUACACUUCCAUCAAAAGGUUUGGCUCGAAGGCCCACGUGGACAGGCUGGAGGAGGUGACUAAGGAGAUCGAGGCAUCCGGAACGUACCAGCUGAAGGACACGGAGCUGAUCUAUGGAGCCAAGCAUGCCUGGAGGAACGCAGCCCGCUGUGUAGGACGCAUCCAGUGGUCCAAACUACAGGUAUUUGAUGCCAGGGACUGCACAACGGCUCAUGGAAUGUACAAUUACAUCUGCAACCACAUCAAGUAUGCCACUAACAAAGGCAACCUACGGUCUGCCAUUACAAUAUUUCCUCAAAGGACAGAUGGCAAGCAUGACUUCAGGGUGUGGAACACUCAGCUGAUUCGCUACGCCGGUUACAAGCAGCCUGACGGCCAGAUCUUGGGAGACCCAGCCAACGUGGAAUUCACUGAGAUUUGCAUCCAGCAGGGCUGGAAGGCCCCCAAGGGUCGUUUUGACGUGCUGCCCCUUCUGCUGCAAUCCAAUGGGAACGACCCGGAGCUGUUCGAGAUCCCCCAAGACCUUAUUCUGGAGGUGCAGAUCACACACCCCAAGUACGAAUGGUUCAAGGACUUGAACCUGAAGUGGUAUGGCCUGCCCGCCGUAUCCAGCAUGCUGCUUGAGGUGGGAGGGCUCGAGUUCACCGCUUGUCCCUUCAGCGGCUGGUACAUGGGCACAGAGAUCGGCGUGAGAGACUUCUGUGACAGCUCUCGCUACAACAUCCUGGAGGAAGUGGCCAAUAAGAUGGCCCUGGAUACCAGAAAGACCUCGUCUUUGUGGAAGGACCAAGCAUUAGUGGAGAUCAACAUAGCCGUUCUUUUCAGUUUCCAGUCAUCGAAAGUGACCAUAGUGGACCACCACUCGGCCACGGAGUCCUUCAUGAAGCACAUGGAGAAUGAGAUCAGGGUACGAGGGGGCUGCCCGGGGGAUUGGGUGUGGAUCGUACCUCCAAUGUCUGGGAGCAUCACCCCCGUAUUUCACCAGGAGAUGCUCAACUAUCGGCUCACGCCUUCCUUCGAGUACCAGGCUGACCCAUGGAAUAACCAUGUGUGGAAAGCAAACAACGGAACGCCCACCAAGAAACGAGCCAUUGGCUUCAAGAAACUGGCCAAGGCUGUGAAGUUUUCAGCCAAGCUGAUGGGUCAGGCCAUGGCAAAGCGGGUCAAAGCCACCAUACUAUUCGCCACCGAGACCGGAAAGUCUCAAGACUAUGCAAAAACCCUAUGUGAGAUUUUCAAGCACGCCUUUGAUGCAAAGGUGAUGUCAAUGGAUGAGUACGACAUGGUGGACCUGGAGCAUGAGACACUGGUGCUGGUGGUGACCAGUACCUUUGGAAACGGAGAUCCACCUGAGAAUGGAGAGAAAUUCGGAGGUGGUUUGAUGGAAAUGAGACACCCGACGUCUAACACAGAGGACAGGAAGAGUUACAAGGUGCGCUUCAACAGCGUGUCCUCCUACUCAGACACCCGCAAAUCUUCCAGCGACGAACCCGAGGCCAAGGUCAACUUUGAGAGCACCGGACCCCUUGCCAACGUCAGGUUCUCAGUGUUUGGCCUUGGCUCCAGGGCCUACCCACACUUCUGUGCUUUUGCCCACGCUGUGGACACGCUGUUCGAGGAGCUGGGGGGUGAGCGAAUCCUACGCAUGGGGGAAGGAGAUGAGCUGUGUGGCCAGGAAGAGUCCUUCAGGAACUGGGCUAAGAAGGUUUUCAAGGCUGCCUGUGACGUGUUCUGCAUUGGUGAUGUGAACAUCGAGAAGGCGCAUGAUUCGUUGAUCAGUAACGAUCGGAGCUGGAAGAAGAGUAGGUUCCGCCUCACCUACACAGCUGAGGCCCCGGCUCUAACACAAGCACUAUACAGCAUUCAUAAGAAGAAGGUUCAUGGAGCCAAGAUCUUACAGAGUGAAAAUCUGCAAAGUUCCACAUCGAACAGUCGUUCCACCAUAUUUGUUCGGCUUCACACAAAUAACGAGGACAGCCUGGCGUACCAGCCCGGCGACCAUCUGGGCAUCUUCCCUGGCAACCACGAGGACCUGGUUACGGCCCUUAUAGAGAAACUAGAAGACGCCCCACCUGUCAAUCAGAUUGUCAAGGUGGAGUUCCUUGAAGAGAGAAACACGGCCCUAGGUGUGAUCAGUAACUGGCUAGAGGAGCCUCGUAUCCCGCCAUGCACCAUCUUCCAGGCCUUCCAGUACUUCCUGGACAUCACCACGCCCCCCAGCCCUGUCCUAUUGCAGCAGUUUGCCUCCCUGGCAACCAAUGAAAAGCAUAGGAGGAAACUAGAGAUCCUCAGUAAGGGCUUGCAAGAGUAUGAGGAGUGGAAGUGGUACAACAACCCGACUAUGGUGGAAGUGUUGGAGGAGUUCCCGUCCAUUCAGAUGCCGUCCACCCUGCUUCUGACCCAGCUGCCCCUCCUCCAGCCUAGAUACUACUCCAUCAGCUCUUCACCGGACUUCCACCCUGGGGAGAUCCACCUUACAGUGGCCGUGGUGUCCUACAAAACCAGGGAUGGAGAGGGCCCGAUACACCAUGGAGUGUGUUCGUCAUGGCUUAACAGAAUAGAAGCAGAUGAAAUGGUCCCCUGUUUUGUCAGAGGUGCUCCUACAUUCCGAUUACCGAAGGACCCUCGAGCUCCGUGUAUCCUGGUCGGCCCAGGCACUGGAAUCGCCCCCUUCAGAAGUUUUUGGGAGCAAAAACUCUUUGACUACGAACACAAAGGUAUCAAACCCUGCCCCAUGAUCCUGGUAUUUGGAUGCCGGCAAUCGCACAUAGACCACAUCUACAAGGAGGAGACUAUUCAGGCUAAGAACAAGGAGGUGUUCAAAGAGCUUUACACAGCCUACUCCAGAGAGCCUGGCAGACCAAAGAAAUAUGUGCAGGAUGUGCUUCGUGAGCAGCUGUCGGAGACUGUGUACCAGUGCCUGAGAGAGGAGGGAGGACACAUCUACGUGUGUGGGGAUGUUGGUAUGGCCGGGGACGUCCUCAAGACCAUCCAGCAAAUCAUCAAACUGCAGGGCAACAUGACUCUGGAGGACGCUGGAUUCUACAUCAGCAAACUUCGAGAUGAGAACCGAUAUCAUGAAGACAUCUUUGGUGUCACACUGCGUACCUAUGAGGUCACCAACCGACUGCGCUCGGAAUCCAUCGCAUACAUUGAGGAAAGCAAAAAGGACUCUGACGAGGUGUUCUGCUCCUAGAACCACAAGAGCGGCUUCCGGAUCUUUCUGACGUGGACCAAUCGGAAGGGCCGUAUGCUGCAGGGGAACAGCAAAAUGAGUGACCCUAACCCUAUGGCUAGUCGAGAAUACUGUGCCAAGUUUUGUACUGUAAAAAAAAUUAUGUUUGGUUUUUUUGGUUAGUUUUAUAUAUAUAUAUACACACACAAGUUCUGCUUCAUCAUGAUCAGUCAGGCUUUGCAUUUAGUCUGUAGUAACAUUUAUUUUCCAAGAGUUUUUGAGGUGCACUUUUGUUUUGUUUAAUUAUGAAUUGGGAAAUUGAUCAUUUUUCUGAUUUCAUUAUGCAUCAUAAUGUGCACCUAGUAUAACACCUGCCUCCUUGUUGAUGCAUGAGCAAGACGAGAAUAAUAGUAAAGAAAUAUAUUCUA